UUCCCUUUCUCAAAUUCUCUUCACCCCUGCAGCCAGCAAUUUGGGCUUUCAUCUCUACGCGGACCUUAACCGCUCGCUGCUCCUUACUACGAUCUGGGCAUUGAGCGAAUUGGUUAUGUUGUGUUAUGGAUCGUAGAGGUUUUGAGGCGACGGGAUCAAUGCAGAAGGAUUCAAAGGGCAAGUGUGAGACUGCGUCUCACCAUAAUCUCAAGGAGAAGACGAAGAACCGCGUCGAUGACCUUCAGAGAAUGUUCUCGAAUCUUGAAUCGGCUCGGAAGGAGAGGCGAACCGGCGACGUUGCGGUUUUCGAGGAACAGGUCAAUCAGAUGCUACGGGAGUGGAAAGUUGAGCUCAGUGAGCCAUCCCCAGCAUCUUCUUUGCUUGGUGGUAGUUUUGGGUCGUUCUCCGAGGAGUUGGCCCGUCUUCUGCAAGAUGAUGCAACCAGUCCAUUAGGAGACCUGACGCUUCCUAAGCCUAAACCUGAUCCUGAUCUUGAAGAUUUUGCCUUUGCACAGGAACCCCAAGACCAGAGUUUUCAAGGAUUCUAUGAACCCAAAGGAACUUCUUUAGACUUUCAUGACGUAAUGGCAAAUGACUCCCAUUUGUCUACUCAACUGGAGCAUCAUCAGUUUGAUUUACAUCAAGACUUCAAUGAAGGGCAUUUUGUUGGAAACAUUAGCAAUGAUCAAUAUGGGCAGGAUGCUUUGACCGAGGUUCUUCCAGAUAUUUCCCCUCCGCCGGCUGCUUUCUUGGGGCCAAAGUGUGCUCUUUGGGACUGUUCUAGACCUGCACAGGGAUCCAAAUGGUGCCAGGACUAUUGCAGUAGCUGUCAUGCUGUUUUAGCCUUGAAUGAAGGUCUUCCGGGCAUAACCCCAGUUCUACGACCUAGUGGCCUUGAUGUGAAGGACGGUCCAUUGUUUUCUGCUCUUAAUUUAAAGACCAACGGAAAGGAGGUGGGCAUCCCUAAUUGUGAGGGAGCUGCUUUUACAAAAUGUCCAUGGAAUGCUCCUGAUCUGUUUGAUCUUUCUCUUCUAGAGGGUGAAAAAAUUAGAGAGUGGCUAUUUUUUGAUAAGCCUAGAAGGGCAUUUGAGAGUGGAAAUAGGAAACAGAGGUCAUUGCCAGAUUACAAUGGACGUGGCUGGCAUGAAUCAAGAAAGCAGAUCAUGAAGGAAUUUGGGGGGCAGAAGAGGUCAUAUUACAUGGACCCACAACCUUCAACACUUCAUGAAUGGCAUCUAUAUGAAUAUGAUAUCACCAACUAUAGUACUUGUGCCUUAUAUAGAUUGGAGCUCAAACUUGUUGAUGAAAGGAAAAGUCCGAAGGUCAAAGGUGACGGGAAGAAAAGCCUCAAAGGAAACGUGUCGAAUGAUUCGCUUGCUGACCUGCAGAAGAAGAUGGGAAGGCUCACUGCUGAGGCUCCUGGAGAUGAUUCAAACACUUAUAGGGGCAGUGCAGACCGCUAAUUAGAGCGCCAAUGCCUGAAAUAUCAGCUCUGCACAUACGAUCACAAGAUGUCCAAUAUUCUUGACUAGGGUGCUCCUGAACUAGGAACUUACCCUCAUGGAAAUUCAAGGUACAUGUGUUCUCCUUAUUGACACGAGUCGGUCUCAAAUCAAUUUAUCUCACGAUAAACGGUUCUAUUUUCAAGCAAUUCAGGCUCAGCUAUUAAGCUGUUUCGUUUAAAGAAGGGGAUCAGAAUUAGAAGAGGCAUGGAAAUUCAUGUAAUGGUUCUAUUGUUUGCUUUGUUUCCGUAGUGUACAUAGGACUUGAAAUCCUAAAUCAGCGUUAGAUAAUCCAGACACAUUCAAAAGAGUCUCCAGAUAAGAUUAGAAAAUGAUUGUAAUAGUAAAUUGAUUCUUAUGGAAUUGAUGCUUUUUUCAGCUUUGUCCUGAGCCGUGGUUGU